AGGAAACGUGCAUAUGUUACCAACUUCCGCUUACUCGCUUAAACUUCCGCCGGCGGUCUUUUUCUUCCUCUUCUACCAGGCCGUUUCAACAUGGGACGAGUCAGGACUAAGACUGUAAAGAAGGCCGCCCGGGUCAUCAUUGAGAAGUACUACACUCGCCUGGGGAAUGACUUCCACACCAACAAGAGAGUGUGUGAGGAGAUCGCCAUCAUUCCCAGCAAGAAGCUCCGCAACAAGAUUGCUGGGUAUGUGACCCAUCUGAUGAAGCGGAUCCAGAGAGGCCCAGUCAGAGGCAUCUCCAUCAAGCUACAGGAGGAGGAGAGGGAGAGGCGAGACAACUACGUCCCAGAGGUGUCUGCUCUUGACCAGGAGUUGAUUGAGGUGGAUCCUGACACCAAGGAGAUGCUGAAGCUGCUGGACUUUGGCAGCCUAUCCAACCUGCAGGUCACACAGCCCACUGUCGGAAUGAACUUCAAGCAGCCCAGAGGAGUGUAGGCGUCUGUAAUAUAUAUAACUGGCUAAUAAAACAUUUUGAAAAAUA